CUUUUAGAAACCAAGGUACAUGAGGGGUCAAAAAGCGAAAAGAGAAAAAGAAAGGGUAGCACUAGCAAAUUUUCGUUCUCUACUCAAACCUUUUUCUCCCGAACCCUAGAGAGGCAACAAACAGUUAGCUGAUCGUGUGAAGUCGAUAUUCUCGUCAGACGAGUGGAAAAUGAAGAAAGGUGUGCACCCGCAGAUGCAAUGGAUUUCCUACGUAACCCAGAGUGGUCGAUUGAUCAAUGUAAUGAUGACCAAAAUACACUCGGUUGGUAAAGUUUAUCACCUCAGAGCUAGACGCCAGAUGGCACAAAGUGUUGGGCAGAUUGCCAAGUUUAAUCGUCGUUUUGGACCAAAGGAAGAGGAGAACGAAGAAAAAUGACUUUUUAAGGUGCAAAAUUAAUGGUAGGUAUCACAGAUAGAUGCUUCAUGACUAUGUAUGGGAUUGGCCGUGAACGACCAAUAGAUUGAAUGCUUUGGUGCACAUCUCUUUCUGUUUUAUUGGCUUGUUGUAUUUUCAUUUUGAUGAUUUAAAAUGGUAGUACUGCCUAUUGAAUUACAAUUGUAAUUCUUUCUUUAUUGCUCUCCUCCCCUCUCUUCUCUUCACUUCCUUUUUAAUGUGUCAUUUGCCGAAGUGGGCUGAAUAAAAUUAUCCAGUGCUUGCACAGGUACCUGUUGUA